CCGCCGCGCGCCUCCGUGUCUGACUGUGGGACAGCUUUGAAGGCGUCUGCCAAGACAAACUCACCUCGCCUAUUUAUGCCCCUGCCUCCAAGUGCCCUCGGGACACUCGAUUGUCGGCAGCGCAGCUGGCAGGUUCCUCCCUUGCUCCUCGUUCUGCGGCGCGCACUUUCUUUUACGCGCGUGGAAUGGCAACUUCGGGGGACUCGGGGGGGCGUCUGGGUCUUUUACCACCGCUCUGAAGAACCCAGUUCGAGUGUCCAGCAUUCGACCCUCUGACCACCUGCCCGGGGGGUGGUGGGAGGGUGGAGGACAUCGCCCCGGGCUGCUGGAAUGCUUCUCCCGAGGCUGCUCGCGGUUCUCGCCGGGUGCGCCUUGCUCCUGACGCCGGGCUGCGGGGGCUGCGGGCCGGGUCGAGGCUACGGCAAGAGGCGCUCGCCGCGGAAGUUGGCACCGCUCGCCUACAAGCAGUUCAGCCCCAACGUGGCCGAGAAGACGUUGGGGGCCAGCGGGAGAUACGAAGGCAAAAUCACCCGCAACUCGGAGCGCUUCAGGGAGCUCACGCCCAACUACAACCCCGACAUCAUCUUCAAGGAUGAGGAGAACACAGGUGCGGACCGCAUGAUGACGCAGCGCUGCAAGGACAAGUUGAACUCUCUGGCCAUCUCCGUGAUGAACCUUUGGCCCGGGGUGAGGCUGCGGGUCACCGAGGGCUGGGACGAAGACGGCCACCACUCGGAGGAGUCGCUCCACUACGAGGGGCGGGCUGUGGACAUCACCACCUCCGACCGGGAUAGGAACAAAUACGCCAUGUUGGCUCGGCUGGCGGUGGAGGCGGGCUUCGACUGGGUCUACUACGAGUCCAAGGCUCACAUCCACUGCAGUGUCAAGUCAGACCACUCAGUGGCAGCCAGGUCCGGAGGUUGUUUCCCGGGCGACGCCUUGGUCACUGUGGAAAAGGGCCUCCAGAAGUUCAUCCGUGACCUGCGCCCCGGCGAGCCUGUCCUGACCUUGUCUGGCGCCCAACUGGUGUACAGCCAAGUCCUGACUUUCCUGGACCGCGACCCGGCGGCACACAAGCUCUUCUACACCCUGAAGACAAAAAAUGGGGCGGGGCUUUCUCUGACCGCCGCCCACUUGCUGUUUGUGUCUGAGGGCAACUGCUCAGAAAGGGAGCCGCCCACCCCCGGCUCCCUGAGGACGGUGUACGCUUGCGAUGCCCGGCCGGGCCAGUGCGUGCUGGUUGCCGACGGCCCGUCGGGAACCCUUUCCCGCAUCACGGGGGUCACGGUGACGGAGAGGAGGGGCGCUUUCGCUCCUCUGACGGCGCAGGGGACCCUGGUGGUGGACGGGGUGGUAGCAUCCUGCUAUGCGGUCGUAGAAGGGCAUUCUUUGGCUCACCGGGCCUUCUCGCCACUCAGGCUGAUGCACAGCUGGGUUGGAAGCAGCGGUUACCGUGGCGAUGGGGUCCAUUGGUACGCUGAGCUUUUACACUGGCUGGGGAGGAUGCUGUUGGACUCUGGGGACUUCCACCCACUGGGCGUGACCGCAGCCUCCAGGUGAGGACAACAACUGGGAAAAAGAUGAGCCAACAGAACCAUGUGAUGGAUCGCUGCUAUGCUGCGUGGGAAAUGAAAAAAAAGAAGUGACUUAAAGAUCCUAGCUGUGAAUUGGUCCUGAUAUAGAACAAUGGAUACAAAAAAAAAAAAAAUCAACAUGAAAUGUAAUCAAGAAUGAUUUCCUACUGAAAUGAAACAUUGCACACUAACUACACUGAACAAAAAUAGAAAGAAAACUUUUUGCUCCCAUUUGAAUUUUAAGAUUUUUUCUAUGUGCACAAAAGAGAGAUUUCUCGCAAAUACUGUUCAAGUUAGUGAGCACUUCUACUUUGCCAAAAAUACUCACUAAGACAAAUUAAGACAGAUUUCUUGACGAUAUUUGAGAGACGUGAUAUUUACUGCAAAAUUGCUGCAUUUACAUUUUUAUUCCGUUUUAUUUCCUGUGAUAUGCAACAUUUUCUCUUUGUUCGUAACAUUGAGAUGCAUCUUAGGACAAUUUGUAUUUAAGAUUUUCCUAUCCAUGGAAAGUCAACAAGAAGUUGUGGUGGGAGAAAGUAUUUAUUUUUGUGGAAAUAAAUCCCUUUUAAACGAA